AUGCUUGCUAAUAUUGGGCUGGAAAGUGAAAGCCGCGUGCGUGAAAACCGCAUCCGUGGCCGGCGACAUGUUCCCCGCGAUGAGACAUUUGGGCAACAGCCAACAUACAUGACAGCACCAUUUGCCGUUCAGCAGGAACCCUUGCGGAACCCGCGUUCUACAGCAAUGCCGCUCCCGCAGGACAUUUUGAUGUCUGAAGAAAACGAAAAGGGGAGUUUUGCAGCCAAUUAUGACAUUCCGCAGCCGCAACUGGGAGAGGAACGACUCUCCAAGAGUGGAUUAAACAUUUUCUCGUGGAACACAGAGGCCCCAAAGGCUCUUCCCUCCCGUGUUCGACGGGAGCGCGAUGCGGAAGAGCUGCUUCGGCUUAAACCGCUGGACGCCGAGGUGCAGCGCGAUAUUGAGGUCCGGGAAAAAUUUGAAGGCAACACGCAUAGCCGCUUUUUGUGCUUCAGUCAGGAUGGAGAAGCCGGCAAGCAGCUGGGAUCCCGCGGAAGGGAAAGACACCGCCUGCCGCAGACAACGCUUGCUUCUGCUCCGGUGCUGGACGGAAUUUCUUGCAACCCCAAUCCAACGGGUGAUGCGGUGCCACACGGACGGAGGCGCUUCCCCCCAACCGCUUGUCCCAAUGAAGGGAUUGCUGGAUUUGCAGGGAUGGGCAUGGGCGGUUUUGGAAGGCCGCACAAACCCGUGGGAAAUGGCGCCAAUGGCUUUUGA